AUGGACAGCACACUUGGGUCUACCAUUGAAAAAAUUAAACGUGAAGAACAAAAUAAAGAGGCGAAACUUAAAGCGAGACGUGAACUUGAAGCAGCUAAAGCCUCUUCCGAACGCUCUUUACGUGAAAUAAUUUCACAAACUAAAAAACUGCAGCAAGAUAAGGAGGAAUUAGUUAAGAGGACAGAUGAACUUGGCGCACAUGUCGCUAUACAGAAGAUUCGAAGAGAUGCUCUCUUAUCGCAAUUUACAUUUUCCAAGAAAGAAUUAGCAGAACUGCGAAUUAAAUACGACCUGGCUAUAUCUGAAGUCCAAGAUCUUCGUUCAGAUUUCUGUAAAGCUGUCUAUGAGCUAUCUGAUGAAUGUGAUAUUUGGUCAUUGCUUACGAAGCCAUCUACUGAAGCGUUGCCUCGGGUCAUUACUAAAAAACCUCUAGAAACUAACGAACAAGCGUUAAUAAAUGAGUGUAGACUUAAAUCUGCCCUGGAGAGACGUCGUAAAGCGAUAACUGAACGGGAUCGCUUAAAGUCCGAACCUGAGACUGGCGAGGAAUUUAUCCGGUAA